AUGGGUCAGCGUCUGAGUGAGGAGAGCGAUCCAGACCAAGAAAUCGACGUGGCAGAGCUACAGGAGUGGUACAAGAAGUUUGUGGUGGAAUGUCCAAGCGGGACUUUAUUCAUGCACGAAUUCAAGAGCUUUUUUGGAGUUACACAGAACCAAGCAGCGGCUGACUAUAUCGAGAACAUGUUCCGAGCUUUUGACAAGAACGGGGACAACACCAUAGACUUUCUGGAGUAUGUCGCCGCUCUAAACCUGGUGCUGAGGGGCAAGCUGGAGCAUAAACUCAAAUGGACCUUCAAGAUGUACGAUAAAGAUGGGAGCGGGUGCAUCGACAAGACGGAGCUCCUGGAAAUUGUGGAGUCCAUAUAUCGGCUGAAGAAAGCCUGCCACGGCGAGCUGGACGAGGAGUGCCAUCUCCUGACCCCGGACCAAGUGGUGGACCGCAUUUUUGAGCUUGUGGAUGAAAAUGGAGAUGGUGAGCUGUCCCUGGAUGAGUUCAUAGACGGAGCACGGAGGGAUAAGUGGGUGAUGAAGAUGCUGCAGAUGGAUGUGAACCCUGGGGACUGGCUCGGGGAAGAGCGGAGACGCAGCGGAGACUCCUGA